AUAGCGCUUUAGAUUUUGCACUGAUAAAUAAAGAGUCAAAUAUAAUCAGGUUAUUAUGCUAUUUUGGGACCGAGGUUUUAGUACAAGAUUGGACUUUUUUUACCGUUGAUUUGAACUCAUUUGACAAAAAGGAACGACCAACCAUAAAGCUUGUCCUUGAUCAAAAUGACAGGUUAGCAGCAAUGGAUUUCGGGUCUAUUAUGUACAAGCUUAAGCACAUCAAAGCUCAAGGCAAUAUUCAAUAUUAUUCAAGACUAGGCGUUACACUGAAUACAGUUAACACUACUAGUGGUUUUUUCCUAUAUAUUGCUAAAGAAUCAACUGAGAAAACAAAUGAACAGUUCAUGUUAAGCCCAAAUCAGCAUAUAUUCAGCGAUGUUUUUGAGGUAAUAGCAUGGGGUUCGAAACCUGAUAAAAUAGCCUUAAAUAUCAAGGUUGAAGGCAGACCAAGAUGUAACGAAGAGGUUAUAAUAUUGCCGAUAGAAAGUGGUGUAACAGUUGAUAUUAUUAGUCAGAUGGAUGAGAACAUCAUCGACGAGAGAAUUGAGUAUACACUUGUGUCGGUAGUGGUCAAUUUGAAGACAGCAUCCAGGUUUACCAUUAUAGUACAAGAGAAGCCCGAAAUAUUUAGUGUUUCUCGUGGACCUUCAAGCAUCCAACCAGAAAUGGAACCAGAUGCAAAAAUAGAAAUACCAGAAGGUGCAUUUACCUCUGGUGAUAAAUUAAAAGUGAAUAUUUCCGAAACAAAAGAUUGGAAUCUUGAAAGCAUCGAUGCUGAUAUAUCAGUUUUGUUUACAAAUGCCAUGGACCUAACAAUGGUUAAUCACAGUCAACCAAACAAACCUGUCAAGAUGAAACUACCAAUACAUUCUUCCAUUCCUAAAGACGACGAUGUUAUCAUCCUGUCUUCUGACAAAGACUUUCCAGAUGAAAACGACUGGACAAUUUGCGAUAUUAAAGGAAGGGAACGCAAUUUCGUCAUGUUUGAUGCAAACCAUUUUUCAAUAUAUGUUGCUACAUCGAGGAGAAACCCCGAAAAAGCUAGACAGCUUGCGACUAAAGCGGUAAAGAGAGAAAGAAAAGUAGAAUUUUUUGUGAUGCUCAAGAAUGAUUUGAAUGGCAAAUUAUCAAUGGUUGUCGAAUGCGCAUCGAAAAGUCAAGGGAAAAAAAGAAGAAAAUAUUGGAUGCGUAAACGAUUUAUUAAACAAUCUGUUGAAUAUAAAGAUUGUAUUAUCAGAGAACAUCAGUCAUUUAGGAUCAAAUUAACUGGAAAUAUUGAAACAGACAGUCUUACAGAUCAGGACUAUGUUGUUUCGUUUAAUCCAAACAAGAAAAGAAACAGCGGAAAUCAUCACACAUUUCAUUUAACUAAUGACACAAAAACAACUACAAUUCAAGGCCAGGUUAACAUUGAGCUACAGGUUGUAGUUAGACAAAACGAUAAGCGUCACACAGCCACUGUUCCGACAGUACAUGUGAAGUCUGGUUUUUUUGGAAACCUUUGUCACAAUUCUAUAGAUCACUUUGAAGCCGGAACACGGGCUUCAUAUGGUAAAGAGUUUAAAUCAGAACUAGUACUUCCAGUGGACAAACAAACUCCAGAUCAUACAGUCAAUGUAAUGGUUGACCCAAGUGAUCCUCAGUGUACCAUUCCAGUACUUAGAAAGAAUUCUAUUCGACGAAUAGUAAGUACCUUGAGUGAAGAGAACUGCUAUAAUCUUGGACAACAUUUGAAUAUUUCUACAAACAGAAUGGAUAAGUUACGAAAUGAAGGAACAAUAAGAGAAAGACUACUUCCGACAUGGAGACCAAAUCGGCCUAAUGAAAGACUAGUUUACAAUCUUGUAGAAGCUUUAAGAGCAAUCGAUAAAGACGAAGAGGCAGAUAAUGUCGAGGAAGCGUUCUCAAGCAACAUGGAAUACUUAGAUUAACAACCGUUCAAAAACAAUUAUACAGAUGUGUCUACUAUGAUGACAUAAUUGUAAUAAUUAUAAGAGAACAACUAAGUUAGUUGAUUGUCUUCUAUUUAGUAUACAUCUUUAUAUAUUUUUUCGUCUUCUCAGUCCAUUCUUUCUUAUGUAUUUACUAUCUGAUCACAUUAAUGGUGCGUUAUUCUUCUAGUUAUAUUAU